AAUAAACAUGGCCGAGCUUUCAGAGCCAGAAGGACUGGUAGAUUGGAAGGAACGAUGUGUAGCUCUGGAAUCUCAGCUCAUGAAAUUUAGAGUUCAAGCGAGCAAGAUAAGAGAGCUCUUAGCAGAGAAGACAGGGUAUCAGGCUGUCUCUGAACUUACUAUGAAGCCCAGGAUGGCCUUGAACUCAUGGCGAUUCUCCUGCUGUAGCCUCCCAAGUGCUGGGAUCACAGAUGCAGCAGCUUGAGAGACAAGUUAUUGAUGCUGAACGUCAGGCAGAAAAAGCUUUUCAACAGGUACAAGUUAUGGAAGAGAAAUUGAAAACAGCUAACAUUCAAACCAGCGAAUCAGAAAUGAGGUUAUAUAAAAAAUGUCAAGAUCUGGAGUCUCUAAUACAGGAAAAAGAUGACAUCAUUCAGAACUUGGAACUGCAACUUGAGGAGCAGAAACAAAUAAGAAUACAGGAAGCUAAAAUAAUAGAAGAGAAAGCAGCUAAGAUCAAAGAAUGGGUAACUGUAAAAUUAAAUGAGCUAGAAUUGGAGAAUCAGAAUCUUCGUUUGGUCAACCAAAAGCAAACUGAAGAGAUAAAAACAAUACAGUCAAAAUUACAAGAAGUUCAAGGGAAGAAGUUGUCUGCUGUAUCUACACCAAAGCUUUCGGAAGGGCAGCGCCUGAGCAGUUUGACAUUUGGGUGCUUUUCAUCUCGUGCAAGAAGUCCGCCUCAAAUAGUAAAAUAUGAGGAAGUAAGCAAGCUAUCACCUAAAGAACCUGAAUUCACUGAAGGGAAAGACAUAGAAGAAGUGGAAAUUCUAGAGAAGAGUGCUGAUAACCAAGUUCAAGAAAGCGACAGAGGCCCAAGAACAUUGCAUCAGGCCCCUUGCAGCUCAGAACAAAACCGGAAAACAAGAACCAGCUGUGCAACAGAUGGUGGCACAUCCCAGAAUUCUGGGGCUCCCGUGAGUGACUGGAGUUCUGAUGAGGAAGAUGAGAGCAAAGAAAGACCUAAGUCCAGGUGCACAUCUACCCUCUCCAGCCACACAUCAGAGGAAGGUGUGCAGUGCGGCAGGCUGGGGAGCGAAGCGUAUCUGACGGCAUCUGAUGAUAGCAGCUCUAUAUUUGAGGAAGAGACUUUUGGCAUAAAGAGGCCAGAACACAAGAAGCUGUAUUCUUGGCAACAGGAGGCCCAAUGGAAAGCUCAAAAUAGUCUUCUUGGAAAGGGAAGUUGUGAAUCAAGUAAGAAUGAGUAUGACAGUUCCUCAGAUGAACUGAAGAAAAGAUUUCAAUCCCAGAGACUGGAUUAUUCAUCCUCAUCAAGUGAGGCCAACACCCCAAGCCCUAUUUUGACUCCUGCUUUAACUCCAAAGCAUCCUAAUUCGCUUCCUGGAAAAGGAACAUCAUUAGUGCCUUCAUCACACCUGCCACCCCCAAAGUUAAGGAUUCCUAAUGUUUUCAGUAUAAGUGUAGCACUUGCCAAAAGGCACUUAAGCCAGCCACAGUUAAGUUCUGACAGGAUGUUUGGUACAAACAGAAAUGCUAUAAGCAUGAUACGACCAUUGAGACCUCAGGAAACAGAUCUAGAUCUAGUUGAUGGUGACAGUGAAAUUUUAGACAAUAUGGACACAAGUUGUGAUGAUGGAUUAUUUUCCUAUGACUCCCUGGAAUCUCCAUAUUCAGAUGACCAGGAAAUCUGUGACUCAGCAAAGAAGGCAGCGAGCAGCAAACCCCCCACUCCUCCCCUGCACCGGUUUCCCUCUUGGGAAGGCAGAAUUUAUGCUGUAGCCAAAUCAGGCAUUCAAAUGUCUGAGGCCUUCAAUAUGGAGAACGUUAACAAAAAUUCUGCUACCAUGCUUUCCUAUACCACAUCCGGACUUUAUACAUCUCUGAUAUACAAGAAUUUGACAACCCCAGUGUACACAACAUUAAAAGGGAAAGCGACCCAAAUAAGUAGCAGCCCUUUCCAGGAUGACUCCUCUGGGUCGGAAGAUGAGGACAGUUCCAGGUGCAGCUCACGGACAUCGGAGUCGGACCCGCGCAGCCGCAGUGGGCCUGGCAGCCCCAGGGCCCUGAAGCGAGGUGUGUCUCUGACCUCUGUGGCUUCUGAAAGUGACUACGCUAUCCCUCCUGAUGCCUACUCCACAGACACUGAGUGCUCGCAGCCUGAGCAGAAGCUCCCCAAAACCUGCUCAUCAUCCAGCGAUAAUGGGAAAAAUGAACCACUGGAAAAAUCUGGUUAUCUACUAAAAAUGAGUAGUAAAGUCAAGACUUGGAAACGGAGGUGGUUUGUUCUUAAAGGAGGUGAAUUACUUUACUACAAAUCUCCGAGUGAUGUAAUUAGAAAACCCCAAGGCCAUAUUGAACUUAGUGCAUCCUGCAGUAUUUUAAGAGGAGAUAACAAACAAACAGUUCAGCUGACUACUGAAAAGCACACAUACUAUCUGACUGCAGAUUCUCCCAAUAUAUUGGAAGAAUGGAUUAAAGUGUUGCAGAAUGUUCUUCGCGUACAAGCUGCUAACCCACUUUUCCUGCAGCCUGAGGGCAAACCAACAGUGAAAGGAUUGCUUACUAAGGUAAAACAUGGGUACUCCAAGAGAGUCUGGUGUACACUCAUAGGAAAGACGUUAUAUUAUUUUCGUAGUCAAGAAGAUAAGUUUCCUUUAGGUCAGAUCAAACUGUGGGAGGCUAAAGUUGAAGAAGUGGACAGGUCCUGUGAUUCAGAUGAAGAUUAUGAAGCCAGUGGGCGCAGUCUGUUAUCCACUCAUCACACUAUCGUUGUCCACCCCAAAGACCAAGGUCCGACUUACCUCCUAAUUGGAUCCAAGUAUGAAAAGGACACUUGGCUUUAUCAUCUGACUGUUGCAGCUGGAAGUAACAAUGUAAAUGUUGGAUCUGAAUUUGAACAACUCGUUUGCAAAUUACUAAAUAUAGAAGGGGAACCUUCCUCCCAGAUUUGGAGACAUCCCACUUUGUGUCACAGCAAAGAAGGAAUCCUUUUCCCUCUGACAACACUGCCUUCUGAAGCUCUACAGACAGAGGCUAUAAAGUUAUUUAAGACCUGCCAGCUUUUUAUAAAUGCUGCAGUUGACUCCCCUGCGAUUGAUUACCAUAUAUCUCUAGCCCAGAGCGCUUUGCAGAUCUGUCUGACACAUCCUGAACUACAGAAUGAAAUUUGCUGUCAGCUUAUUAAACAGACAAGACGAAGACAGCCACAGAAUCAACCAGGACCAUUGCAGGGCUGGCAGCUCUUGGCGCUCUGUGUUGGGCUCUUCCUUCCCCAUCACCCUUUCCUGUGGCUCCUCAGGCUCCAUCUAAAGAGGAAUGCAGAUUCCAGGACAGAAUUUGGAAAAUAUGCCAUUUACUGCCAGCGAUGUGUAGAAAGAACACAACAGAAUGGAGAUCGAGAAGCAAGACCCUCAAGAAUGGAAAUUCUUUCCACCCUUCUUCGAAAUCCUUAUCAUCAUUCACUGCCCUUCAGUAUACCAGUGCACUUCAUGAAUGGGCUCUACCAGGUUGUUGGGUUUGAUGCAUCCACCACAGUGGAAGAGUUUCUGAAUACUCUGAACCAGGACACAGGAAUGAGGAAGCCGGCACUGUCUGGAUUUGCACUGUUCACUGAUGACCCUUCUGGCAGAGACCUAGAGCACUGCCUUCAAGGGAACAUCAAGAUUUGUGACAUUAUUUCCAAAUGGGAACAGGCAUCCAAAGAACAGCAGCCUGGGAAAUGUGAAGGUACAAGAACUGUUCGUCUGACUUAUAAAAGCAGACUGUAUUUUUCAAUGCAAACUUAUGGAGAGACUGAUAGAGAAAAGUUGCUGUUAAUGUAUCAGACAAAUGAGCAAAUAAUAAAUGGCCUUUUUCCUCUGAACAAGGACCUGGCGUUAGAAAUGGCAGCUCUCUUAGCUCAGGUGGAAAUUGGAGAUUUUGAAAGACCUUUCUCAACUCCAGCGGGGCAUGUUACCAACCAGUGCAAAGCAAAUCAAACUCUAAAACAAGUCAUAGAAAAAUUUUAUCCUAAAAGUUAUAGAGACAGCUGUACUGAGGAACAGCUAAGGCAGCUUUACCAGCGACUAUCAACCAGAUGGAUGGCCCUCCGGGGACGCAGUGCUGCUGACUGUGUGCGCAUUUAUUUGACAGUAGCCCGGAAGUGGCCAUUCUUUGGUGCCAAGUUGUUUUUUGCAAAACCCAUAACUCCAUUAUCACUUGGAAAUACUGUCAUAUGGCUGGCUAUCAAUGAGAAUGGUUUAAGCAUCUUAGAAUUCAACUCCAUGAGGUUAUUAGUCAGCUAUGCACACAGAAGUCUAACGACCUUUGGAGGUUAUCAAGAUGAUUUUAUGGUAGUCAUUAACAAUUCACAUUCAAAAGACAAACCAACAGAGAAAUUACUUUUUACCAUGGCAAAACCCAAGAUUCUUGAAAUCACUCUUUUGAUUGCCAGUUACAUCAACAACUUCCAUCAACAAAAGGCAGCAUUUCACCACCUCUCUGCUCCAGCACUGCUUUCCAUCAAGGCCCAGGAACCCCAAGCCAGGGUGAUGGGAAGCCAGCCCCUGCUGUCAAGCAGCAGACCCACCAAAGGCCCCACCUUACUCUAAAAGCCCAGGAGCUUGGAUAUCACUCUUUGUCCCCGUGUAGUGGCUGCAUCAGCUGUGGCGCGAUGGUUGACACCGUCCCUUGGCACCACACAUCAGUGUUCUAGACCUUAGCAAUUACCAGAGUUGCUACCUCUUCUGUGAUUCUUAGUCAAGCAACAGUAAAACAAACACAAAAUUUGCCAACAUGCUCAUUUCCUCUUAGAUUAAAUAAGUUAAAAUUUGUCAUUUUCCCCAUCUCCCUUCUCUCUGGCCAUGAGAGACAUUGAUGCAAAAUGGCUUUUUUCCUUUAAAUAUUCUGACAGUCUUAAGAAAAGGAGAUUCCAAGCUCUCAUUUGUUAACCAGUUGAUUAUUUGGAAAAGCUCACUGCCAAAAAUAUAAGUCCUGUAAUUAAAUGUGCUUUUAAUUCAUGAGAUGGUGUUUGGAAAGGAGUGGGAUACACAGUGUGAGAAACUGCUGUGGAGUGGUGUGUUGGGGAAAAUUUUUAGAGCAAGUGCAAUAAAUCUUCUGGCUCUGUGAAUCAUUAUGUGAGGAAACAGGAGUUCAGUGGCCACAACCUCCUCUGUGGUGUUAGAAAGUAUACCUGCCACCUUUGCAGAUCACUGGAGUGGAAAGUUUAAAGCGAGACAGUGAUUCCUGACACUGCUCUUAUAACAAGUUCACUGGACUAUUGCCCAGUUUGCAUUGCAUUGGGUGCUAGGUUGUCUUGACCUUGCUUUGUUAAAUAACAGCAUCUUUGAAAACAAAGAUGGUCCUUACAGUGUUGCCCCUCAAACAGUUUUUUCUAUAGCUUGCAAAUGAAUAUUUUUUGGUACCGGGGAUAGAACACGGAACCUUGCGCUUUCGAGGCAGGCAGUGGAACCACUGAGCUAACUCCCCAGCCCUUUGAAAAUAAAUAGUUUUUAAAAAUUGUUUCAAAAGAAAAUAAUUCUUCUGUCAAAGGAGGUAAAAUUUUAAUUGGAAGAAUAUUGAAAUGUAUUACUAUACCCAGUCAUAUCAGUGGCCAGUACACUCCAGUAUGUGUCAAAAUAGUAUCAUUAGUAUUCAUGAUAAAAAUGAAACUGUGAUAAAAUAUGAAAAUUCUAUUAUAGAAAUGUUUAACUGUAAUAAUAAUCAUGAGUAUGGUUAACUUUAUUUAUGUGUAGAAUAUUUGUAUUUAUUUUUGGACGUAUUUAUCACCUUUUGUGUCAUAUUUUUUAAGCAAUUUGAAAAAACUGUUAGCUGCUGAACUAAUUUGUUGGCAGGGCCUUCAUAUUUUCCUCUUUGCUGCUUUCUUCCUAUGGCAAUGUACUGUUCUCACAGCCUUUCAAAAAUGUUCCAUCCUUAGAACAAAAAGCAGAGCCAAGAAAUAUGGCGCUCAAGUAAUAACGUGCCUUAUAAUUAAUCAAAAAAGAUUUUUAAAGACCCAUAGAAAUAGAUUUCAAUUGACUAUUUCCCACUGCAUCUUUUGAGCCACAGCCACUCACUGAGUGAGUAAGUUAGUUUUUUAGAAUAAGCUGAUUGCCAAUUUGGGAUGAUUCUCUGGAGUCUUUUGGCUGGGAUAUAAUAGUGUUUCUGGGCUCCCAGAAAACCAUUUACUGAUCAAUAGCUGGUGAGUGAGAGGCUUGGCAGAGCUGUUACUUAUGUUGAGAACUUCAUCCUCAGGUGGUAGGUAGUUCACUUGCCAUCUGGUAAGCUACCACCCACCCCACGUCUUCUAAUUUAAGAAUGAGCAGUGAAGGCUUAAGUUAAACUGUAGUAUCUUAGUCUUCACAUUUAUUUUUGAUAGAACAGAGAUAAAAUAUUUUGAUGGAAAGAAAUCAAUUUUCUGUAACUGAUGAUGUGAAAAUUUUAUUUUCUGGAAAAUUACUUAUAUAGCCAUUUAAAAAAUUCGAAGUAUGUUAUUAUGAUUGGUUACAAAAGAAUAAUGUUUCAUGUCUAAUUUGUCUCCUAUCAUUUUCUUCCUUUCAAUCAUAAUAAAUGAUUUACAAAACCCA